UUUAUAGGGGCUGGCAUUGGGGUGCAGCAGGCUAAGCUGCCACCUGCAAAACCAGCAUUCCAUAUCAGAGUUUUGUUGGAGUCUUGGCUACUCUGCUUUGGAUCCAGCUUACUUCUCAUGCAUGCUCCCAGGAGGGCAGUGGGAUGAUGAUCUAAGUAUUGAAUCCCUGCCACCCACUUUGGAAACCAGGAUGGAGUUCCCAGCUCCUGGCUUCAGUCUGGCCCACUCCUGGCUGUUGCAGCCAUCCGGGAGUAAACCAGUGGAUGGCAUAUCUCUGUGUGUCUGUCCCUCUCUGUCACUUGGCCUUUUGAAUAAAUAAUUAUUUAAAAAGAAAAGAAGCAACUUCUUAUAGUUGUCCAGGCACAAGAUCGUAAUGCAUAAAAACACUGGCAGUAGAAAUAGUAGUGAAUGUAUAUAAGUGUAUUUAGGAAGAAAACUUGUCAUAAUUUCCAGAUGGAGUGAAGGAGUUAUCUGUGGUGAUUUCUCAGGUCCUGGCGUCUAGAGUGGGAUGGAUGGAGAUGACAUCUGAUGCUAGAGGGAACCCUGGAAGAGAAUUGGCUUAGGGAAAACAUCACAGAACUAAUCUUGAAAUCAGCAAUAUCACUGCAUGCAGCAAGUAAACAUAUAGGCUCAGUGUCUAGGGGAAAGUAGGGAGGUCUUUGCCAAGAAAAAUGCACUUCUAGGCAGAUCUACAGAAAUGCACUGCAUUUUUAAAACCGUAUGACAGGUUUUGUUUUGUGUUUUAAUUUAUGUGUAAGUAGCUAACGUCUGGCAAAGGACAACUGGGAAUUCUUGAUGUUUCUCCUUUGAUGAUCAUUCUUGUCUUUUAAACCACGUUGAUGGAGAGUUUUAAAUCACAGCUAAUUUUUUUUUUUUUUUUUUGAAGUGUUAGACUCCACUGAGAGGUGUUCAUGCUGGUCUCAGUUCCUUUUACUGUAUUAUCUCCAAACUAAUAAUUCUUUUUCUGACACCUCCUCACAUACACAUGCGUGCACAGACACACACACAGUCUUGAUUGUCAAAGAAUUAAGGAUGGGCUGUCCUAAAAUUACAGCAUUUGAGAGUCCCUGGGGAACAACAGCUGAUCAUUCAUUCUUGUGUUCUAGGCCAGAAACAUGGUAAGUGGACACCUCCUUUGUACAGGCUCUUGUGAUUGGAGUUCAUAUAUUUUUUUAAAGAUUUAUUUAUUUAUUUGAAAGAGUUACACAGAGAGAAGGAGAGGCAGAGAGAGAGAGAGAGAGAAGUCUUUCUUCAGCUGGUUCACUCCCCAAUUGGCUGCAAUGGCCAGAGCCACGCUGAUCGGAAGCCAUGAGCCAGGAGCUUCUUCCAGGUCUCCCACGCGGGUGCAGGAGCCUAAAGACUUGGGCCAUCUUCUACUGCUUUCCCAGGCCAUAGCAGAGAGCUGGAUCGGAAGUAGAGCAGCUGGGACACGAACUGGCGCCCAUAUGGGAUGCCAGCACUGCAGGCGGUGGUUUUACCUGCUUCGCCACAGUGCUGGUCCCAGAGUUCAUAUUUUAUAAAAUGCCACCUCCUCUCUCUGAUCAGAGACCUACUGUGUACCAAGCACUAUUCUAGGCAAGUGCUGCAUGCCAGAGCUCACUUCUCCAUCCACCCUGAGUGGAAGGAAGACUUAAGUGUCAUACUGUGCCCUGAGCAACUUAAUGCCUUCUCCAUGGGGAGGCUGGAUAAGGACAUUGAAUUUGGCACAGCAGUAGCAGGCAGGAUAAGGCCCUAAGGUAGGUAUUGUUCUGUAGGUACUGCUCUAUACCUCUUAGAAGAGUGAAAUCCCUAGAAUUAGUGAGGGACUUUAGUUUUCUUUUGUUCAAUGCAGAUCUCUGAGUCUUUGCAAGGGCCUAACAUGGUGCAGACCUUGCCAACAUACUUGAAAGAGUUGAGUGGGUAAAUUACACAUAUGUUUAAAAGCUUUUUAUUUUGAAAUAAUUUACACUUGGAGAAAAUUUACAAAAUUAGUAUAGAGAAUUCCCAUAUAACUUCCUUCCAGCUUCCCUUAACGUUACAUAAUCAUUGUAUGGUGAUCAACAACUAGUAAAUUGGGGGCUGGCAUUGUGGCAUAGUGCUUUAAGCUGCUGUCUAUGAUGCCUGUAUCUCAUAUGGGUGCUGGUUCAUGUUCCAGCUGCUCCACUUCUGAUACAACCAGCUUCCUGCUGAUGCACCUGGGAAAACAGUGGACAAUGCCCCCGGUGCUUAGGCCCCUGCUACCCACAUGGGAUACCUGGAAGAGACUUCUGGCUCCUGACUGCUGGCUUCAGCUUGGACCAGCUCUGGCCAUUGUUGCCCUUUGGGGAGUAAUCCAAAGGAUAGAAGACCCAUGUAUAUGUGUGUGUGUGUGUGUGUGUGUGUGUCUUCCUCUCUUUCUAUAACUCUGCCUUUCAAAUAAAUAAAUCUUUUUUAAAAAAAUAGUAAUUAAAUAACAUUGACAAAAUACUGUUUUUUAUUUUUUUGACUGAACACUCUUGGGUUAUGGAAAGGACCAAGAGAAUUUGAUUUUUAUUUAUUUGAAAGCAAAAUGAUGGAGAAGUCGAGAGAGAGACAGCGAGAGGGAGAGAAAAAUCAAUCUUCCAUCCACUAGUUCAUUCCCCCAAAUACCAGCAAUAGCCAGGGCUGGGCAAGACUGAAGCCUGGAGCCAGGAACUCCAUCUGGAUCUCCCACAUGGGUGGCAGGGAGGAAUGCAUAUAAUUGAGCCAUCAUUAGUUGCUUUCCAUGGACACUUUAUCAGGAAGCUGUAUAUGAAGUGGAGUAGCCAGGACUUGAACUUGGGAUGUGGAUGUCCCAAGGAACAACACAAUACCUGCCCUGAAACACAGUACUGUUAAUGGACACUUCAGGUUGCACAUUCUUACUCCCACUGAUGUCUCUUUGUUGUUGUAUGAUCCAACCCAGGAUUCCACAUUGCAUUCGGUUGUUUUGUCUUCAGCAUAAAACUUUUUCAGUCUUUGCUCAUCAUUCAUGACUUUGACACUUGUGAAGAAAAACUGUGGUCAGUUACUAUAGGAAUGCCCCUCAGUGCCAGUUUGUCUGAAGAUUGAAAGCCCUCGUGUUGUAGAAGACUUCCCAAAGGAAGUGGAAUUUUGGGUGCACUUCAAUGAGAAGUGCUACUUGGAUGGAUAGAGGGGUGGAAGGAGAGUUUUUAGGCAAGGAGAACUGUGUCCAAAAACAUUGAUUCUAGAGCCCUUUGCUGUUAUCCUGGCUCCUCUUUGCAGGUACAAGUGAUUGGUAGCAUCAAAUGACUUGCUGAGAGUUGUAAUCACCCUUGUCCAGCUGCCCUGCUGCUUUGGGUCCUGUGUCUUGUCCAUCAGCAAGAAGCUCUUUUGAUUUGUGCUCAACAAAACCUCCAUAUGUAACCUGCUCUGCUACUGGUUUUGGGCUCCAACUUCCUGGGUGCCAGCUGAUGUUCCCUUUGUAUCUUUGUACUGGACUUUAUUCUGCCCUUUGGUAGUCUUGGGACAUAGAAUCUUACAUUUAUUUAAUUUUCCUUAUUGUUAUAUUUGCUAAAACUGAACCAGCAUUAUGUGGCAGCCUCUUUACCAUGCCUUCUCAAUAGGAGGUGAUGUCACCCCUAAGUGUUUGUAUGUUGGUUCUUAGGGGAAUGAAAAAAAACUUACUAUUUUUAUGUAUAAAUACAAAUCUAUCUACAGUACUUAAGCAUAUUGCAAUAUUUCUGUUGCAUUACAUUUUAUUGGAAGCAGGGGUUGGUUGGGGAGAAAAAAAUCUAAGAAAGCUCAUUGGUGGUAGCCAUAAUUAAAGAAAAAGAUGUUCACAAUCACUGUGAUAAGUCCACUGAUUUACCUCUAUGAUCCUACUUAAUUCACACCACUUCAAGGAAAGUAUUCUUAGCGCCUCAGUUUAAAAAAUACAAAUGAAGAAACUGAGAAUUAGCAAAAUUGAAUUAUUGCCCACAAUCACAGAGCCAGUGGGUGUGGAUGGGAAUAUCCACCCGAACAGGAGAUCUCAGAGUACAAGGUCUUUGUUUAUCCAUGCCAGUCUACAGCCAUAUUCCUAUUACCAAUUAGAAAGAAUAUAAAGCAUUUCCGAAAACCAGAGAGAGACUUUCCUGGGCUUUAUUUAUUCAUUUGCACUUCCCAUUAUAGCACCAUUACUAGGGCAGAUAAUUGUGGGUCACCUCUUUAUACAUUUGCAAUAUCGAUGUUAAGAUUUUAGCUGGACACAGGUUGUUGUGGCUCUAGUAUCUAGAAGAAUGUACCCUUGCAGGAAGUGCUCAGAACAUAGGACAGAGCUUCAAAAAGUUCAUAGGAAAUGCAAAUUAUGAAACAAAUUAUUCAUGGAUUUCAACAUUUUUUUUGCACCAGAAUAAACUUACGAUUUAAUUCCAUUUUAUAAGAACUUUUUGAAGUACCCUCCUGUCUGUUGAAUGGAUAAAAGGGAAAGGAUGUUGUAUUUGAAGACAAAACUUUCAAAGCCAAGCUGAAUUAUUUCUGUUUAAUGUUAGGGCCAUAAUGUUAGGUCUUUAAAGAAAAUAAACACCAACGACAAAAGUGUAGGAUAAGAUUCAUACCUACCGCAGACAAAGUUAAGUUCUGGGUGGCCAGUUGGGUUUGAUGUAGAAAGUGCCUGUAGCUACUCAAACUCCAAACAUAUGACUUAAUAUUGUUUUACCAUGCAUAGUUGAUAGAGAUUAAAUCAGACUUAAUUUUUCCAUCCAUCUUGAAGGGCUCAAAAGAAAAAAGCAAUCAGUAUUGUCAUUGGAAAUAAAAUGAUGGCGGUGCCUUGAGUGAACAAUAAUGAGUAUGACUUUUUUCUUCCUUUUUCAACUGGGUUUAGAACCCAGCUUCUUAUGUUUGAGCAGGGACUAAAUGUCCUUUAGACAGAGUCCUUCCACUGAACAGAAAAGAAGAAAUCUCAAGUUACAGGAGAAUGUAGAAAUGUUACAAUGAGCAUCUCUGUGAAUGGCAGACAUAAAUUGAUUGGUGUAUUAUUCAGAUCCUAUGAAUUCAUCUCAGUAUCUUUUUUAAGGCAUAAUACAUUCAACUGGUUGGCAUAUGUUGAAGGUUCAUAUGUGUUGUGUUAAGAUUGGCUAUGGACUUAUGAUUGUCUAAACUAGGCCGUACAGAUAGAUGCAAAUUUCGGUUUUCACAGGCACUUCCCAAAGUAAGUAAUUCAGGACCUCAGAAAAGCUAGAUGUGUUCAAAGGAAACUGUUUUUAAUAUAUAUGAGUGGAGACAGACAAAAGAAUGGAGACAGCACUACCAGGCCCUUGUUUUCUUGUUCCCGGAAGCCUUUACCCGUAACAGGGUGAGAGCUUCUAGGAAAAUCUGCUCCAAGUGCAGAUGUAACCAGAAAGUUGUGUAACUCAGAAUCAGGAAGGCGGUAAAGAAUUUCUCCAGCUGCCUCAGAGAAUAAGCUAUGCAUUCACCGCCAUGACAAAUGCAAGCUUCUUUGGAAUAUGUGUUCAAAUAUCUUUUUCUAAAUCACGCUUCUUAGAGUUUUGUGAAGUGGGCUUUUUUCUUGUUGUUUCUCUGCUGCUUUUAAUUCUCCUUUUCCUACCCCCUGAGGCUUGUAAGACUUGGCCUGCUAAGAUCUCAGUGUUGAGAAAUUGGGACACACACACACACACCUAUUACCUGAGUAGGGUGCAUGCCAGUGCUCUUUAUCAGAGAUGGUAAGUGCUUCAGAUUUCUAAUUACAGGUUUUCUGGCUCCUCACGCUCAGCAUUUGAGAUCCUCAAUGCCAGAAUACCAGGUGCUUCAGAUACUCCACUCUAGCCAUUGAAAGACCUAAUGUAAUUAUGCAAAAUUGAAAAAUCACUUUCUCUCCUGCAGAAGUAUCUCGCGGCCUUCUCCAUUUUGAAGUCACAAACUUAGAUUUGCCUGCAUCUUAUCAGAAUCAGACUUAUCUAAUCCUCUGAUGAGCUCCACAGAGAGGAAUUGUACCAGCUCAGCUUUGGGGGAAUGCCUCAUGUCAUAUCUUUGCUCUGUGACUGCUUAAAAUUAAAGACACAGGAGUAGACAGUGCUAUUAUUUACUCUUCUAGCUAAUGCCUUUCCACACCCAGAAGGGAGGCCUGCUUCAUUGUUCUCUGAUUCUAUAAUUCACGUGGAAAAAUCAUUUUCAUAAUUUUGAAGCAUAUCAAACAAUUGGCUUGUGCUUUCUUCUUGGGAGAUGAUUUGCUAUUUCAGGUAUUGAUGUGAGUGAGCUAGGGGCCAAAGUAGUCCAAUUGAUAAUUUCCUGUGAAUACCCCACUACUGCCUGUGGCCAGGGUCCACAUAAAAUUAGUACUAAAAUUGUCCAGAGGGGCUACAGGUUCAAAGGGGGCUCUGGAAUUUUUUUCUUGGCCUGGGGAAUCCAAUUUUUUUUUUUUAUUUUUAAGCUUUAUUCUUGUCAGUGAAGAGGUAAAAUAUCUUCCAAAAGUCAAAGCACAGUAUCGCAGGAAGACCAAAAUCCAGGACCUUCAACUUGGGCAGACCUGCCACACUGCUGUGGCUUCUUAGCUGAGUGACCUUUGACAUUUACUUAACCUCUGGGAGUUUCAUCCUUCUCAUCUUUCAAAGGGAAAACAAAUAGGUCACCUCUUCAAAGGCUGCCUGGAAGAGAUGCAUCAGCUUGGGGGCUGGAGCCUAGGGCUGGGAGAGCUGUUUAAGGCACUCUUGGAAAGCCAGCUAAGGUGGUUAGCUUGUAUCUUUGGGAGCCAAGGUCAGUGUAGUUUUUCUAUCAAAAAGAGUGAAGAUAGGUUGGGAUUUGUGUUAACCAAAGUGGACAUAGCACACUGCUUUCAAAAUGGUCUGUGCCCAAAGAGAAUGGUUUCUUAGUAAUCAUCUCAUAAAAUAAUGAGUUCGGGGGUCAGUGUAUGUGACCCAGUGGCUCCAGCCUGGCCUUAAAACCCCUAUUGAGUCCUGGCCACUCCUCUUCCCAUCCAGUUGCCUCCUAAUGGACCUAGGAGGCAGCAGAUGAUAGCCCAAGUUCUUGGGUCCCUGACACCUAUCUGGUAGAGCCUGAUGCAGUUCCUGGCUCCUAGCUUCUGCUAUUUGAGGUAGUGAACCAGCAGAUGGAAAAAUGCCUCUGUCACCCUGUCUUUCAAAUAAAUACAAUAAAUAAAUAUUGUAAAAAUAAAAUGAAAUAGCAAGUACUAUUUACUCAUUAUUAUAAGGUGAUGAUGAUGGGAGGUUCAGCUGUGUUUCUGCCUUGUUUCUAAGUAAACCCACACCUGGUGUUUGGCUUCUCCACGUGGGCCUAUUACCCAGGUGGCAGCAACUCCUAGUGGGCUACCCUGGGCCAGGACCACGUGACCUCCUCUCCUAGUGGGUGCCCUCAAAGUCUGGCUCAUUCCCCACCCCCACCCACCUUGGGCAAGGCCACGUGGGUAGGGGCAGCCAGGCUCGCACUCUUGGGGGGAGAGGAGGGAGGAGGGGGUCCGGCAGCAGCCCCCGAGUGUGAAUAGCGCGCUUUGACGAGCGAGGCUGGGGACGCCCGCCCGGUCUGUGCCUCCUGCCUGCGGGCCCCAUAAAAGGAGCAGCUGCCGCCGCCGGGCAGCUCAGACGCGCGCGGGGAUGAGGCGGGCGGCGGCUGAGGGCGCGCCUGGGCUCCGGCAGUGACCGACGCGGACCUCGGUGCGGCUAGAGGCGCGCAGGCACGACCCGGUCUCCGAGAGAGGGAGAAGUACCCGGUGUGGACUAUAACUUUCUGACUGUGAAGGAGUUCUUGGAGCUUGAGCAGAGCGGGACGCUGCUGGAAGUUGGCACCUAUGAAGGAAACUAUUAUGGGACACCCAAACCUCCCAGCCAGCCAGUCAGUGGGAAAGUGAUCACGACGGAUGCCUUGCACAGCCUUCAGUCUGGCUCCAAGCAGUCCACCCCGAAGCGCACCAAGUCCUACAAUGAUAUGCAAAAUGCUGGCAUAGUCCAUGCGGAAAAUGAGGAGGAGGAUGAUGUUCCUGAAAUGAACAGCAGCUUCACAGCCGAUUCUGGUGACCAAGACGAGCACACUCUCCAGGAAACAACAUUACCACCUGUGAAUAGUAGCAUCAUCUCUGCUCCCAUCACGGACCCUUCUCAGAAGUUCCCUCAAUACCUACCUCUUUCUGCAGAGGAUAAUUUAGGUCCUCUACCUGAAAACUGGGAGAUGGCCUAUACCGAAAAUGGAGAAGUCUAUUUUAUAGACCAUAAUACAAAAACAACAUCUUGGUUAGACCCUCGGUGCCUGAAUAAGCAGCAGAAGCCCCUGGAAGAGUGUGAAGAUGAUGAAGAAGGGGUACACACCGAGGAGCUGGACAGUGAACUAGAACUGCCUGCUGGUUGGGAAAAGAUCGAAGACCCUGUCUAUGGUAUCUACUAUGUAGACCACAUCAACAGGAAGACACAAUAUGAGAAUCCAGUUCUAGAAGCCAAACGGAAGAAGCAGCUUGAGCAGCAGCAGCAGCAGCAACAGCAGCAGCAGCAGCAGCAGCAGCCGCCGCCGGCAGAAGAGUGGACGGAAGAUCAUUCAUCCCUUGUGCCUCCUGUGAUUCCAAGCCACCCCCCGAGCAAUCCGGAGCCAGCCAGAGAAGCUCCACUUCAGGGCAAACCCUUUUUUACACGAAACCCUUCUGAAUUGAAAGGGAAAUUCAUUCACACAAAGCUGCGGAAAAGCAGCCGAGGCUUCGGCUUCACCGUGGUCGGCGGGGAUGAACCUGACGAAUUUUUGCAGAUCAAGAGCUUGGUCCUCGAUGGUCCUGCUGCUUUGGAUGGCAAGAUGGAAACAGGGGAUGUCAUUGUCAGUGUGAACGACACUUGUGUUUUGGGCCACACGCAUGCUCAAGUUGUGAAAAUCUUCCAGUCCAUCCCCAUCGGUGCCAGCGUGGACCUUGAACUGUGCCGAGGUUAUCCCUUGCCUUUUGACCCAGAUGACCCCAAUACAAGUUUAGUGACUUCGGUGGCCAUUUUGGAUAAAGAACCAAUUAUUGUGAAUGGGCAAGAGACCUAUGAUUCGCCAGCUAGUCACAGUAGUAAAACAGGCAAAGUCAAUGGCAUGAAGGAUGCCCGGCCGAGCAGCCCUGCUGAUGUGACUUCGAACAGUUCCCAAGGUUAUCCCAAUGACACUGUCUCUUUGGCCUCCUCCAUCGCCACUCAGCCAGAACUCAUCACCGUUCACAUAGUGAAAGGGCCGAUGGGCUUUGGUUUCACUAUAGCUGACAGUCCUGGUGGUGGCGGCCAGAGAGUGAAGCAAAUCGUCGACAGCCCGAGGUGCCGCGGCCUGAAGGAAGGGGAUCUCAUCGUGGAAGUUAACAAGAAGAACGUGCAGGCCCUCACGCACAACCAGGUGGUGGACAUGCUGAUCGAAUGUCCGAAGGGAAGUGAGGUCACGCUGUUGGUGCAGCGAGGAGGGCUGCCAGUCCCCAAGAAGAGCCCAAAGUCGCAACCACUGGAAAGGAAAGACAGCCAGAGUAGUUCGCAGCACAGUGUUGCGAGCCAUCGAAGCCUGCACACGGCGUCCCCAAGCCACAGCACUCAGGUGCUCCCCGAGUACCCACCUGCGGAAGCCUCAGCUCCAGACCAGACUGACAGCUCUGGGCAGAGAAAACCAGAUCCUUUUAAAAUCUGGGCCCAGUCCAGGAGCAUGUAUGAAAACCGACCUAUGUCACCUUCGCCUGCGUCGGGAUUGAGCAAGGGUGAAAGAGAGAGAGAAAUCAAUUCCACGAAUUUUGGAGAAUGUCAGAUUCCAGAUUACCAGGAACAGGACAUCUUCCUCUGGAGAAAAGAAACUGGAUUUGGAUUUCGGAUUCUGGGUGGAAAUGAACCAGGGGAACCUAUUUAUAUCGGGCACAUCGUACCACUGGGGGCUGCUGAUACUGACGGCCGCCUGAGGUCUGGAGAUGAAUUAAUCUGUGUGGAUGGAACACCGGUCAUUGGAAAAUCACACCAGCUCGUGGUCCAGCUCAUGCAACAAGCUGCCAAGCAGGGCCAUGUCAAUCUCACGGUGCGGCGUAAGGUGGUGUUUGCUGUCCCCAAAACAGAAAAUGAGGUGCCCUCGCCAGCCUCAUCUCAUCACAGUAGCAACCAGCCCGCCUCGCUGACGGAGGAGAAGCGCACCCCGCAGGGCAGCCAGAACUCGCUCAACACGGUGAGCUCAGGCAGCGGCAGCACCAGCGGCAUCGGCAGCGGCGGGGGCGGGGGCAGCGGCGUGGUGAGCACCGUGGUGCAGCCCUACGACGUGGAGAUCAGGCGAGGCGAGAACGAGGGCUUCGGCUUCGUCAUCGUGUCCUCGGUGAGCAGGCCCGAAGCAGGCACGACCUUCGCAGGCAAUGCAUGUGUGGCUAUGCCUCACAAAAUAGGUCGGAUUAUUGAGGGGAGCCCCGCUGACCGCUGUGGCAAGCUGAAAGUAGGAGACCGGAUCUUGGCAGUAAAUGGAUGUUCCAUCACCAACAAAUCCCAUUCAGACAUUGUCAACCUAAUCAAGGAAGCAGGAAACACGGUUACCCUUCGCAUCAUUCCUGGGGAUGAGUCGUCAAAUGCCACCUUGCUGACCAACGCGGAGAAGAUCGCCACCAUCACCACCACGCACACCCCUUCCCAGCAAGGGGCCCAGGAGACAAGCAGGAAUACCACCAAACCAAAGCAGGAAUCUCAGUUUGAGUUCAAAGCACCCCAGGCAACACAGGAGCAAGAUUUUUACACUGUGGAACUGGAAAGAGGAGCCAAAGGGUUUGGCUUUAGUCUUCGAGGGGGCCGGGAGUAUAACAUGGACCUGUAUGUUCUGCGCUUAGCAGAGGACGGUCCUGCUGAAAGGUGUGGCAAGAUGAGGAUCGGUGAUGAAAUUUUAGAGAUCAAUGGCGAGACCACCAAAAACAUGAAGCAUUCUCGGGCGAUAGAACUGAUUAAGAAUGGUGGCCGCAGAGUUCGCCUGUUUCUGAAGCGGGGAGACGGCUCGGUACCAGAAUAUGACCCCGGCGGCGACCGGAACGGCGCCCCCUCCGGUGCACAAGGGGUUCCGCAAGUGAGGGCCGCGCCGCCCGACCGCCGGCCGCAUCCGUCAUUGGAGUCCAGUUACCCACCCGAUCUUCACAAAUCAUCACCCCAUGGGGAAAGGCGGGCCCACGCGAGAGACGCAAAAGGCAUCAGAGAGUAUGGCAGCAGACAGCCCAGCGAGCACCACACCUGGAACGGAACUUCUAGAAAACCCGACGGCGGGGCUUGCCGACCCAAGGACCGGGCCGCCGCCGACGGCCGGAGAGACGCGCAGCCAGAGCGCUCGGCGGCCAACGGCCCCAAGAGGAGACCCCCGGAGAAGCGCAGGGAAGGCACCCGCAGCGCCGACAACACCCUGGAGAGGCGCGAGAAGCGACGAGACGGGUCUCCGGAGCGCCGGCGGGAGCGCUCCCCGGGCCGCGGCAGGGACAGCUCCCCCAGCCGUCGGAGGAGGUCUCUGGAGAGGCUCUUGGACCAGAGGCGGUCUCCGGAGCGCAGGAGGGCGGGCUCGCCCGAGAGGAGAGCCAAGUCCACCGACCGGCGGCGGGCGCGCUCCCCCGAGCGCAGGCGCGAGCGGUCGCUGGACAGGAGGAGCAGGGAGGACAGAGUCGGCCCCCGGGAGAGGGAGGAGGCGAGCGGGAAGAGUUCCAGACAUCCCCCGGAGCAGAGGAGGCGACCCUACAAAGAAUGUAGCACCGACCUCAGUAUCUGAGGCUCUGGAUCCCGUUCCAACCUUUACCGUGUCAAAGGUUCUACGAGGCAGGUCACGAACCUGAAAUCAUUCAGUGUCUUACCUAAGGGAAGCAUCCGGCCCCUGUGGAUCCUGUGAAGAGCGAUGGACAUUUUAUGCGUUUGAAAUCUUUUAAGAAAAAAAAAUAUAUAUGAAAAGUGUUGUGCCUGAUGUAUAAAAUUAAAGAAAAUAUUUUUAAAUGCAUACCUUUUUUUUUUCUUUUGGAAAUUAUUUGCCAAAUUCUGGCCCAAAGGGAUAUAGAUUUUUGUCUCUACGUGCACUGUAGAACGAUCAAGAAUUAAUCCCUUUUGGGAGGGCUGCCUUUUUUCUCUCCUGGUUAAAUGGGGCUGUUGGUCGUUUUCUCUAAGGGAAAUUAUUAAGUGUCAUUAAUUUGAUAUCGACUGUUAUGUAGUGAUGUAGGGCUAUACUAUAGUCAGGAGUUUUUCUUCAGAGCGGAGAACAAAAAGGCAAAGUUUUAUUUGUGAAAGCUGAGGACCCUUGGGGAUGAAUUAGGAUUGCCAAUGAUCCUAAAAUAAAGCGAACAGUAUGAGGAGACUACUAUGGCAAAUGAAGGAUAUUUAUAGCUACAAGACACAGCUCAAGGGAAUUUUAUGUUCUUGAAUUCUGGUUGGUUCAAAAAAACAGUGGUUACCCUUCCUGGUCCAAGAAAGCACAGAGAAGCAAAGGUUGGCCGCCAUUACCCAAAUGCAGCCCGAGCACGGGUCAGGUUCAUUGGCAUCUCCAACAUCUAGUAAGGUCUCACUUCGGGCAGUGCCCUCGUGGCUUUGCUCACCUCCUAGAAAGGACAGACACCUUCUGUGUUGCCAGAUUUGAGGCUGUGUUUGUCAGAUGGAGUGGGGGACAACAUGCCCCCACAUGAGGGAGAAGCCCAUGGCUGCCUUGCCCAAAACUGGGGAGGAGGGAAUGAGCCCUGGUGGAAGGGACCUCUCUGUUGAUACUUAAAGAAGUGAGGGUUGGGGGUGCAUUCUCAGAAAUGCCCAUCGCACGUGGAAACCGCAAUCCAAGCCUCUAGGUUGAUGGCAGGGGGAGGAAGAAGGUGAUCCCAGUGUUCUAGAUCAGUCUGGGGAACGGCUGCCUUCAGGACCCUGUCCUUUGAGUCUUUGGACAGCAGAACAAAACAUAACAUUCCUUCUUUCAGAAAAGUUCCAUUCUUUUUUUCAAUCCCGUGGGAGGUAGGGUUGGGUCGGCGGUAGCACCAGGAUGUGGUUUGAGUGGAUUACUGCCUAGCUGAGCCAAAACGUUUGCUUGUACCUGUUGGACCACUACAGCAAACCGCUGCUUACAGUGCGUUGUGUAUUUCUGUAGUACUGUUCUGCAUUUUCCGUACAAACACAAAACUUUGCAAGUCAAUCACUGUUGUUCCCAUGGUACUGUAAAAAAAAAAAAAUAGACAUAAAAAGAGAAAACCAGCCAAUCAUAGUGUGUACAGACUUUAAAAUUGUAUUUAAUAGAGCCUGUUGAAAAAAAAAAACAACUGUUGCCUUCUUUUCUUGUACAAAAGAGAAUUUAUGACAAAAAUUUAGCUGUGAGGAAUGUGAUAUGUGUUUAUAUUUCUGAAUAUGGAACAAAUUGAUUCAUGGGGUAUAUUUUAAUGUAAACUAAAUCAGGUAUGUAAAGUUGUUUUAAACCUGGAGACUAUAUAAGUAAUUCUCUAAAGCUUUAGUUGGUUUGAAUAUCAUCACUUUCUCCAUGGUGAGCCUGCUUGUGAAUUAUUAAGCACUUGUUUGCAUUCUCUGUUCACUCAUUUAUUUCUUGCAGUGUGCUAUGGACUUAAUGCUCUUUCUGUAUUGAUGAAAAGCAGUAUGGGGGCCAAUCUUUUUAUAAAACACUAUGCAUAUAUAAAUACUACAUUGUUCAUAGCUUUAUUUGACUUAUGGGUUUAUACACAACAUUAGAAUGAGUAGCUAUAGCUGUGUGGACAUGUAAAAAAACAGGUUCCUGGAACAGAUGAAACGUGUGUUCUGUAGCUAACGAGGGAAAGUCUAUGAAGGCUAUUUUUAUUAUCAGAGUUUUCUGUACAAAGCAUAUAUUGACUGCAGUGAUAAGGCUAAGAGUACAACUGAAUGAUGAUGUUCUUUUUCAUCAAUUUCCUCAGAGCCAGCUUUGGAGAUUUUAUCCCGAAGGCUCCACUGCUAGGAUUUUUUACUGGUUCUCGCAAAAUCUGUGAUGUUAAAUGACUGAUGCUCUCAAUUGUGGUCCAGAGUUUUAACUAAAUGAAAUCAAGGUGAAUUUUUGGAGUCCAUCCUGAAGUUAACAUCAUGAUGUCUUUGUUCUUGUAAGAGAUGACAUUUGACAUCUUCAAAAUUUAUGUCCUACCCACCUGGGCUUGUCUGAGUCCGUGGGCAUUUGAUGUGAUGAUUUCACCUGAAUUCCACACACCAGAUUUGCUUUGGAAAUACUGUACUGUACAGGGACUUUGCAUUCAGCAGAAAGAUAUGAGUUUCUUUGAACUACUGUAACCUUGAAUUGAAAACCGAUUCUUGUGAGCCUACUUUCCCUAAUCCCCCCACUUCAUGUCAAUGUCUUGAUGCAAGAUGAUGGAUGAAUAUUUUGUAUGAUUCAGUCAAACCAUUUAGGAGUUCCUCUCCUUCCAUUACACAGUGGAUGCCUGAAAGAAUGUUGGGGGGAGGACUCACCACUCUACUUGUAUUUUUUAAGUUUCUUUUGUGAAAGAUUUUUUAAUGCAUUUUUACUGUAAAAAUACAUGGAAAUGUAUGCAUUCCAUAACCAC